AAGUAACCUGUACAACACAGCGCUUGUCGUGCUGGAAUUUUGAAGCACAGAGUUAGGUAUUAUUAUUAUUAUUAUUUUGUAGUGUCAAUGUUAAAAACGCAGCAUAUAUAUUCAUUCGGUUGUGAGCAAGAUCUCGGGAAGUGGCGCAGUCACAGCGCAGUCAAGUGGCAUAGUUUUGCAUUGUGAUAUUGUGGCGAGCACGAUCGCUGCCCCUACUUUCUUUCGUCGAGGACAGGACAGAUACAGUUAUUGCGAGACACCGCCUGCAAGGAACUUUCGGCCCGCAUCAUAUCCCUCGGUGCGGCCCGGCAGAGUAGAAAACAAUAUUGAAAAAUACACCCAGAAAGGCCAGCCAGCAUGAGCGCCGCAAAGGAGGGAAGAAAGACAGAUGGCGGCUCCGAAAGGAGCAGCCGGGCCAGCACAACCGUACUGAAAAUAAUUGGUGUGGACAAACUAUGCUUGCCAAAAGUCAAGGGCCCGACUACGCGCAUGAAGCUUCUCAACGACGUCGCCGCCUCUGCCAAGCCGGAGAAACGUGGUAGCCUUGGUGGCGCUCGCAUUAAAAUUCUCAACGAGGAGGCAUUGUGCACCCCGAAAGCCGACAAACGCAGCCCCCAAAAGACAGUCAGUCCAUCGGGCUCUGUCAAGAUAUUAAACGAGAAGCGAAUGGCCCCAUCGACGGCUACGGCUGUGGAGACGACAAAGAUCAAGACGUCCCCAACCAAACAGAAGAAGAAAAUGGAUCAUUAUGUGCUGCAGGCCGUAAAGGCCGAGAACAGCAAAGUAGACACCACAUCUAGUGUUUCCGAGGAGGACGAGAGCAUUGCCUUCAUCCUAGCCGACGACGAAGAGGCGGAACCUGUGGCUGGUCGAGCCAAUGACGAGGAAAUUGUGGUUUCAAGUGCAGAUGAGGACGACGAGGAGGGCGAUACUUCGGUGGAACGCACCAGUAGCGGCCAGGGGACGAUCAAGGAAAUGGUCGAACAUGUUUGCGGCAAGUGCUACAAGACGUUCCGUCGCGUGAAGAGCCUGAAGAAGCACUUGGAAUUCUGUCGCUACGACAGUGGCUAUCAUCUGCGCAAGGCGGAAAUGCUCAAGAACCUGGAGAAGAUUGAAAAGGAUGCUGUGGUGAUGGAGAAAAAGGACAUUUGCUUCUGCUGCAGCGAGAGCUACGACACCUUUCAUUUGGGCCACAUCAAUUGCCCCGAUUGUCCAAAGUCAUUCAAGACGCAGACCAGCUAUGAGCGUCACAUCUUCAUCACGCACUCGGAGUUCAACACCUAUCCCUGUUCCAUUUGCAACGCCAAUUUGCGCAGCGCCGCCUUGCUGACGCUUCACGAGGAGCAGCACAAGUCGCGCGGCAAACCGUUUGCCUGUAAGAUCUGCGGCAAGGACUUUACCCGCUCCUAUCACCUGAAGCGCCACCAGAAGUACUCGUCCUGCUCGGCCAAUGAGAACGAUACCAUGAGCUGUAAGGUGUGCGAUCGUGUCUUCUAUCGCCUCGACAAUCUGCGCUCGCAUCUGAAGCAACACUUGGGCACACAAGUGGUGAAAAAAGCAGAGUAUAUGUGCCACACCUGCAAGAACUGCUUCUAUAGCCUGUCCACGCUGAACAUACACAUACGCACCCACACUGGGGAGAAGCCUUUCGAUUGCGAUCUGUGUGACAAGAAGUUCUCGGCCUUGGUGGCUCUCAAGAAGCAUCGACGCUACCACACCGGCGAGAAGCCCUACAGCUGCACAGUCUGCAAUCAAGCUUUUGCCGUCAAGGAGGUGCUCAAUCGCCACAUGAAGCGACACACCGGUGAGCGUCCGCACAAGUGCAACGAGUGCGGCAAGAGCUUCAUCCAGGCCACCCAGCUGCGCACCCAUUCCAAAACCCAUAUUCGACCCUACACCUGCGAUUUGUGUGAUGAAAAGUUUAAGACAGAGAAACAACUCGAGCGUCAUGUUAAGGAGCACACACGACAGAAGCGCGCCUCUUUCUCUUGCACUGAAUGCAAGCGUACCUUCCGCACCCCGGCCUUGCUCAAAGAGCACAUGGAUGCCGGCGAUCAUUCGCCGAAACCGCAACGCGCCAAGCGCUCAACCACCAAGGUUAUCGAGCGCACAGACUGCGCCAUUUGUGACAAGAACUUCGACAGCACCGAGACCUUGCGCAAGCAUAUCCGCUCUGUCCACGAAUGCGAUCCGGAUGACAUCUUUGGCGUCGAACCGCCAGCAGCAAAGCGCAGCAAGAAGUCCAAAAAGUCUGAUGACGCAGACGAGGAUACAGAGACCGUGGACCUUAAUACAUCGGCGGGUUCGCUGAUUUCCAGCCAAACAGACGGGAAUGGCGUUGUGGUCAGGGAGUUUCUGGUGGACGAUGGCACUGCCCAGACCAUUUUGCUGGAGAACGCAACGUACACCAUUCUGCCCCUGGAUGGGGGCAACAGCAGCGGCACUGAACAGGCGCCCGGAACUGGGAACAAUGUCAAGCCGGAGUCCAACAAAAGUGAGUCGAAGAAAGCGGCGGCUACCCCGGUUGUCAAGAAGGAGCAGCGAAAAUCCCUGGCGGCCAGCUUGGCCGCAGCUAUUGCGGACAACAUGGAUGAGCCGACAAGUGACGAUGACUUCAGCGGCGACGUACUCACCGAAUCCGACCUGAAGCUCAAGGAGAAUGUGGGCAAACUGAUUGACAUGCUGGUCGAUCCGCACGUCCUCAAGAAGUACGGCUGGCCCAACACCUCCGAGGAGACAAUGCUAUGCAAGGUGAUCGAGAACUGUGGCCACGAUCUGAGCAAAGAUGAGGAGAACUACACCGAGCUGGAAUACGGGGAUCGUAUGCGCGAAUAUUGUAAGCUUCUGUUCACUGUGGUCAUCCACAACGAAUCCAUUCGGUCCCUGCUGAACAAUUUCCCCAUCGACGAUGUCAUCGAGUAUGUCCUGGGCGACGAGGACCAGGACGAAGAGGAGGAGGAUGGCAAGCAAAAAGACAGUGAUGCUGCGUCCGACCACAAGUCGGAAACCGCAGAGACCCCAGCUGAUAAGGAAUAGGGAGCAUGAAACACCUUAAUUUUAGAUAAAGUUACACUUUUUAUAUCGGUUUCGGUUCAAACACCAAGUGACCUUAGAAAUGAAUGUAUCCGAUCCGCCUGUUUAUUGGUUAGGUGCAUCCUAAACGACUUAUACACAAAAGAGGAAACACCCUUGCUGACACAAAUGUUGAAGAUAUUUUAGUAAUUUUGAUAUUAUAUUUACACAUUAUACACAUUACUAAACUAUAUCCAUGCGGGACAUCCUAUCCAACUAUUUUUGAUAGAAACAUAUUAUACACAAUUAUUAACGAUGUA